CAGCUUUUACUCAUGGAUGAUAUGCGCCCACUAGCUUGAAUCUCUUCCAUAGCCAGGCAAGAACCCCGAAAAUCUUACAAGUUAUAACCCUUCAGACGUAUACUCUGUAGAUUAAGCCAGUCCCUUGUUCUCUUUCCAUAGGUGAAGCUCCCUGAAUUCUCCCCCUCUCUGCUUUCUGUAACGGCCAGGCCUAACCACGUGAGCCGCACACUUGUCUCUCCAGAACUCUCUGUGUAUACCUUUUUCUAUUUUCGAUCAUGUCUCUUCUCCAUGAUAGAGCGAGCCCACCUAAAAAUUUCUGGGCCAGUUAGAGCUCCACUUAAACCGGCGCGUCGAAUAUGGCACGUGGUUGUAUUAAACUGUUUUCUUGUCCGAGAAUGCUAUUAAAGACUUUCUUAACUUUGGUAGUUGAGCCUUGAAGUCUGCUUUGAUUUUGACCUUGCGCGCUUCAUCUUCAACCUCAAAUCAAAAUCUGAAAGCAGAAACUUUCUUCCGCGGUUCACAGGAGAUCUCAAAGAAUACAUCGUUUAGGGCUUUUCAUUCCGUGUUAAAAUGGAUAUCAAUUACUUCUCUUUCUUUCUAUGCUUCACUUUCUUCACUUCAUCAUUCCAUGUUCAUUCUAAAACCAUCACUGGUUCCUCUUCACUAUACCUCUCGCCCACCAUAUUGUUCCCAAAUUACCAGAAAAUGCUUGAAGCUUUCAAAAUCUACAUGUACACCCCUCCCAAGCCCUUCUCUUUCACCUCUCCAGUUGAAUCUCUUUUCUUCUCUUCUCUGUCAAACAGCCCCUUUGUAACCCAAGACCCAGAAGAAGCUCACCUAUUCUUCGUCCCCUUAUCGGCCAAUCUCUCCACGCGCACGAUUGCUCGCGUAAUUAGAGAACUUCGAAUGGAGUUCCCCUACUGGAAUCGCACUCUCGGUGCCGAUCAUUUCUAUGUUUCGUGUCAAGGUCUCGGCUACGAAUCGGACCGAAAUCUCGUCGAGUUGAAGAAGAAUUCGGUGCAGAUCUCUUGCUUCCCUGCACCGGAAGGUAAGUUUGUCCCGCACAAGGACAUAACGUUGCCUCCGCUAGCAUUUGCUCACUCGACACAAGUGCCGGCGAAUAGAACGGUGAAGUAUCGAGGUUUUGUGAAACACAAUGGGGUUAAAGAGUCAGCCCUAGUCAACGAAUUGAGAAGCGCUUCUGAUUUCUUUAUGGAAAAUCAGCCGUCCGAUGAGAAGACUUUUGUAGAUAGACUUGCGAAUAGCGAGUUUUGUUUGUUCGAAUACGGAGCCGAUGUAUCCGGGAUAGCAGACGCAUUGCGUUUCGGGUGCGUGCCGGUGGUGAUUAGUGGCCGUCCGAUACAGGACUUGCCGUUGAUGGACGUGAUGAGGUGGCAGGAGAUUGCAGUGUUUGUGGGGUACAAAUCCAAUGGUGGGCUUGAUCUUGAAGAAUUGAAGGGUGUGCUGGAUCGCACGUGUAAAGGUAAUACGUGCGAGGGAAAGAGGAGAUUGGGUGUAGCGGCGAGUAAACAUUUACUGUGGAAUGAAACACCAGAGCCGUUGGAUCCGUUUCAUAUGAUAAUGUAUCAACUUUGGCUUAGGCGGCACACCAUAAGGUACGCAGAGAGAAAAUGGGUUUGAGCGCUUCUUAUAAUUUGCCUCUUUGGGCGAUCGCGUUGUAAUUUGAAUAAUUAGUGUAAUUUGUGUAAAUUAUGGAGUAAUAAUUAAAUUUA